UUAGAGGCAGUUAAAGCAAUGUCUGGUAAAACAUCCCUCCACCUGGUGAUUAUCGGUACAAUAGCCCUGUCGGUUGUGUCCAGUCAAAUUGUGAAGGGUCAUGGCAAUAAUGACAACCAGCCUGGCCAAUCGAGACACGAUGGUAAACGAGCGAUGGAUAAUAUGUAUAAAGGCAUGAUGGAGUCUUUUAAGACGAGUUUUGUUCCUGGGUCAAAGAAGGAUGACGGUGGUAAUGGCGACGCGUCUCCCAGUGACUGGAAGAACAUGAUUCCUGGCUUUGCAAAAGGUUUUAUUCCUGAUAGUGCAGAGGGUGAUGCAGAUAACAGUACUAUCAGUGAGGAUGCUGCUACAGAUACUGCUGCCGCAAACUCCACUUCAGUGGGCGUCGAGGGGUCAUUCAAGGUCAACGCUGGUAUCAAAGAUGACAAAUCAAUCAUGGACGAAUCGAUGACGUCAAAAGAUGGCGGGUCACCUGAUAGUACAGCUCUACCGGAAGUUCUACCAACAGAUGACAAUGUUCCCUCGGAAUAUGGUCUUUUAAAUAGUGAAAAUGACCUAGCAGGUACCAAUACUCAAUCUAGUGAGACAACAGCGAUGGAAUCGACAUCAGAUGUAUCUCAGAAUGAACAAGCCAAUGACAUGGCACAAUUAGAAAAUGACUUAGCAACAACACAAGGUGAAGACUCUAGUCCCCCAGGAGAUAUGGGUUCUCAUGCUGAAACCACGGAAACGGGACAAAUGGAACAGGAGCCAAGCUCAGAUACCAAAAAGUCUAUGUUUCUCAAGGUGGCUAUGAGUGGUAAUGCGUCCCUCAAGAAAGACGAGAAGACGGUUACAGAAACUGCUGCCGAAGAAAAGAAGGAAAUGGAUGUUUAGUCCUCAUGUCCAAACUACUGAAAAAUACUGUCUCCCAGCAUACAUGUAUGUGACAAGUAUAAACCUGUACAUAUAUGUAAAUUCUCGUUGAUGAAUGUAUACUUGAAGAAUCAAUAAAAUGUUUGAUGAAAAU